AUGUGGUUUCUUGAGUGUGAGGGGGACUUGUUCGACGCAUUUGGCUUCGACCCGGCACAAAGCUGGUCCUCGGCCGUACAUCCAAGCCAGAACCAGGCCAACGCANUGCGAUACAUCGAGAACUCGUCCGUCUCUCGCAAACACUUGACCGUCGACGUAGCCAAGGUCAAUCCCGGAGAGAGCAAACACCUCCACGCAAAGACACAGCUGCAAGUCACCGACAACUCAAAGGUCGGCUCCUGGAUCAACAACGAACGCCUGGAGAAAGGUAUUGCAAAAGAUGUGGACAGAAACGAUAACAAGAUCAAAUUGGGCAAUUACGAGCACCACUUUCACAUCAAAUGGCAACCCAUCGUCUUCUCCUUCCCCUCGCUUCCUCGCGUCUAUCGCCAACUCGAAGAUCCACUCACCGACCAACGCCGCAUUCUCGAGCCCCUCGGCAUCAAGUGUAUCGUUGACUACAUUGCUCAGUUUACCUCUCACCUCGUCGCAAAGAAGCGUAACACCCCGACUACCCUACAAGCUCUCGUCAACGCUCGCUACAUCGUCACCGACGACUACUUGAAUCUGUUCCACUCCUUAGCUCUAGACGCUCUCGAACAAGACUUCAACACGAACUGGCCGAGCGAAGAGCCCUACUCUCCCNCACCUGCCAACGAGCCAAAUCCUCGCCCUGACAAAUCGCCCGACUUUCUGCCCAAUCCAGCCCGUUCCGAAAUCUUCUCGCACUACACCUUCAUAUUCAGCGACCCUGGACAACAUACCAAUCUUAUGCCCACCAUCACUGGUGGUGGCGGAAAGGCUUUGUGCCAUCCUAUCGACAUCGAAAAUCCAGACCCACAAGACCUGUUGAGCUAUGUUCGCGAGGUUGCUGGUAGAAAAUCAGACAAAAACUUCAAUCUUGGCCAACAACCAAAGACAAAAGGUGGUAUUGUCUUGGUCCGUGUUGGUGGCUACAAACAAGACAGGCCAUGGUUCUAUGACCAGGUCGAUUCUUCUUUGGGACAAAGCAGCAUCGAGCAGAAUGAACUGUUGGAGGUCAUACUUGAUGCAGAUGCUUCCAAACUGAAGAGACCUGCCGAAACCGUUCAACCGGCAGAAGAUACAAACAUGCACAAUGGAACACAGCGAUCAUCCGUUUACCAAAUAUCAGAAUCUCCUUCAGUACGUCGACAAUCUAGUAGGGUCGCUACAGAAGUUCCAUCUGCAACCCCAGAAGAUGGCGCUCCCGAGAGUUUCCAGCAGGAGGUGGCGACUACGGGCAAGCGUCGUGGGCGCAGACCCCUGACACAGACAAAGUUCAAAGGCUUUGACGAGAUUGAUAUCAACUCUCUGCCAAAGUAUCGCUCUCCAUCUCCUUCACAACCGCCUUCGCACCAAGCCAGCCAAGCUCCUUCACCAGACUCCAUGGAUGAGGACGAUCAUCUUGAGAGUUCACAUCCAGCACCGAGCCAACAUACUCAGCGUUCCACAAGGAAGAGACCGCCGCCAGAAGAUGAAGAAACGCACCACGACAUGAUGGCCGGUAUGUUGCAGGGUGCUGCAAGGAUGAAGAAACGUCGUAUCGACGCAGGAAUGGAAGCUUCAACGACUCCCACUGAAACAGCGGCUGAAGAAGCCACGCCAGCACCUACAGUCAAGAAGGCGAAGAAGCGCAAAGACAAGGAAGUUGAUGUACGAGCCAUACUGGCAGAACGCCAACAGGCCGAGGAGGAAAGGCGUCUCGAAGAUGAAGAGAAACUCCGCAACCAACUUCAGGGCAUGGAGGUUGCCGACGUGCAGAACUUAGCACAGAUCGAAGUCAUGGAUAUCACUCGUGAACAUCCGCCACGGUCGAGGUAUGAUGCUGAGGCUGGACACGACGAUCGUUGGGAUGAUCGAUGGAACGGCCGCAAGAACUUCAAACGUUUCCGCAGACAAGGCACCGCAACCAAUACACAAACCCGAGCUCGUGUCUUUGUCUCUUUGGAAGAAGUCGAGCCAAAGGCUUACGGUGCACAAGACGAAUACUUCCUGGAGCCUCGUUCANAAAAGGCUCGCAAGAAGGCAGGACGAUCACAGCAGACACAAGAUAGUAUGGAUGUCGAAGUUACUGCGACGCCUUCCUCCAUCACUGCCAAUGGCACACAAUCACAACGUCAAAAGAACAACACAAACAACAGUAUCUCUCUCGUCUCGGACAGCGAGCAGGGCCAGUCAUCAGAAGACGAGGACAACGCAGCGCGCUUCCGCCGCCGUAUCGCAACUUCCCGCAUCCAGGAUGCCGAAGCCUCACGUCUUGAAGCUAUACUGCCAGAGGAAAUUGCAGGCACGGCUCGUGAUCAAGACAUUGCCGAUGCAGCCAGGCAAGCCAAGAGCAGUGCGUCUGUACGAACACAACCAGGCAAAAGAACAGCCAAAGGUGUUGUCGAUGAGAUCUCGCAGCCCAGGAAGAGAGUGCAGCGAAAACCCAGUCCGGAUGAGGUGUCGGAUGACGAGGACGAUGACGAAGAGAGUAGUACUCGCUUCAGACGUAGAAAA